CUCAAGUUAGCGCUGCAACUUAGUUACCUGUAAUAAAUCAUGCAUUACAGCUGUUAAAUCAAUCACCAAUCCCAUCAAGAAAAUUAAAUGACAAUCAAUUUUUAAACAACAAAAUAAAUCAGAUAUCUGACAGCUUGAAAAAGGUUUUACUCUCUUCAACUGAUGAAGACCCGGUCGAUGAUGAUGGUGAAAAUUUUCGCGCUUUAAUAAAAUUACUGCAAGACAAAUUUAACGAUCAAGAAACGGAAAAAUCAUUGAAAAUACAGAUUUUAACAUUAUUACCUGAACAAUGGAGUGAAAGACGUAUUUCUGAAACUAUGAAUACAUCAAGACAUAUGUCAAGGGUAGCAAAAGCGUUGGUUGAAGAAAAAGGUCUACUUUCAGUACCUGAAUCAAAAUUAGGGAGAAAAAUUGCAGAUCAAGUGAAAUUGAAAGUUGAAAAUUUUUAUAAUGAUGAUGAGUACAGUGCUCCGAUGCCAGGUAUGAAAGAUUUUGUUUCAGUUCGAAAUGAUGAUGGUAAUCGAGUACCCGUCCAAAAAAGACUUGUCCUGUCUAACUUAAAAGAAUUAUACCAAUGUUUUCGGGAAAUAAACGCUGCAGAGAAAAUUGGAUUUUCGAGAUUUGCUUCUCUGCGACCUAAACAUUGUGUGUUAGCAGGGGCAAGUGGAACACAUACCAUCUGUGUCUGUACGAUCCAUCAAAACGUUAAGUUAAUGAUGCUUGGUGCGAAUAUUCAUUCUCUAACAAGAAAUACAGAUAUAUCCAUUACACACUAUAGUGAUUGUUUGAGUUUGAUUGUAUAUUGUAAUAAUCAUGAUGCCGUUGCCGUACAUGUUUUUAUCAAAUUAAUAACUGACUAUGUGAAAAGUCUUCCUAAACGUUGUAACAAAAUUUAUUAUUUUUCUGACGGGGAUCCUCAACAAUUUAAAAACUUUAAAAACUUCGUAAAUUUAUAUUAUCACGAAGAGGAUUUCGACAUUCCUGCUGAAUGGCAUUUUUUUGCGACAGCCCAUGGCAAAGGUCCAUGUAAUGGUAUUGGUGGUACCAUUAAACGAUAUGCAGCAAGAGCAAGUCUCCAACUUGCGGUUGAGAAACAAAUAACAACGCCUGAAGAACUCUUUGAAUGGACUUCUGAUCCGGACAACUUGCCAAACAUCAUAACUAAGUUUUCCCCAGAAGAGGAUUAUAAAACAGCAGUAAAUGAUUUAAAUGAAAGAUUUUUAAAAACAAAACCGAUCACAGGAACUCAACAAUUACACUGUAUAAUUCCAGACAAAAAUGGUUGUUUGUACAUUAAAAACUUUUCAAAUUCCAACGAGCACAAAAUUUGUAAAAUAUUUAAACGCCAGAGACGUAAUUAA